AUGGUGUACGCAUUGCCAAUGGAUCCUAUAAAGCCCUCUCUUCACUCACAACUCUUGACUGAGCUCAUGCAAAAUAGUUCAAUUAGGGACAAUGGAUCAACACUCCUGGCUGGCUCACCCACACCCAUCUGCAAUUUAGAUGCCUCCUCAUUCCUGUCUAAUGGAACCCAAAUGUCCUAUGAGCUCACCCCAGCAGAAGUGACGCUUCUUGGGCUGAUCUUUGGAGUCUUCUGGCUGGUCUCAGUCCUUGGGAAUGCCUUGGUGUGUUUGGUGAUACACCGCAGCCGAAGAACUCAGUCAACUACGAAUUACUUUGUGGUGUCUAUGGCUUGCGCUGAUUUGCUGCUCAGUCUGGCUUGUGCUCCAUUUAUUCUGCUCCAGGUAUCUUCUGGAUACUGGCCCCUCAGUGCGGCAGCCUGCAAGGCUGUGCGUUACAUACAGCACUUGUGCCCUGGAGUCCAGGUGUAUGUGCUUCUUUCGAUUUGUGUGGACAGGUUUUACACAAUUGUAUACCCAUUAAGCUUUAAAGUUUCUAGGGAGAAGGCAAAGCGCAUGAUCCUGGCUUCUUGGCUUUUUGAUGCAGCAUUCGUCUCUCCAUGCCUCUUUUUCUAUGGCUCCUCUACAUCAAUAGCUCAAAAGCACUGUGACUUUUUUCUUCCAGACUCCUGGGAUGGUCUGGCCUAUGCUAUGAUCCAUCUCCUGUUUGGGUUUCUGGUGCCAGCACUUCUUAUUUUAUCCUUUUACCAGAGGGUGGUACGGUACAUCUGGAGGUUAAGCGCAGAUGGACGAACAGUUCGCAGAACCAUGAAUAUUGUGCCGAGGACGAAGGUGAAAACUAUCAAGAUGUUCCUGAUGCUCAACACUGUGUUCCUUCUCACAUGGAUGCCUUUUUACGUAGCACAAUUAUGGCAUCCUAAAGUAUCCGCUGGCCCUAGCAGACAAGGGGCACUGUUUUUUGUUGCGAUUGCCUGGAUGUCGUUUAGCUCCACAGCUUCAAAACCCACACUCUACUCUGUGUACAACGCCAAUUUCAGACGAGGGAUGAAAGAGACGUUUUGCAUGUCAUCGAUGAAGUGCUACCGCAGCAAUGCGUACACGAUCACCGCCAGUUCAAGGAUGGCUAAAAAAAACUAUGUUGGUGUGGUAGACUUGCCUGUCCCAUCCAAGACUCUGAUUAAAGAUUCUGUUUAUGAUACGUUUGACAGAGAAGCAAAAGAGAAAAAGCUGGCAUGGCCGAUAAGUGUCAAUCCACCAAACACAUUUGUAUGAAAUGGUACAAAAGGUACUAAAAAGUACAAAUCAAUGUGCUCAGGUUAAAAUCUGGAACAAGCAAUUAAAAACCAUAGACUGU